AUGCCGGAUAUUGAGACGGAGAGCGGGGCGGUAACGGAACCUGCUGCGGCAGCGGCGCGGGAUGUGGCGGAAGCGGAGAAUAAGAAUGCUGAAGGGGCCUUGGGGAAGCAAGAGGGGCUUGCGGCAAGCGGUAUCGCAGCGGAAGGGGGCGCGGGGGAUAUGGCGGAAGAGGGGGACGCGGAUGUUCAAGCGGGGGAGGAUGCGGGAGUAGCGGAGAGCGAGGACGCGGGGAUUGCGGAGAAUGCGGAGGCGGGGAACGCGGAGAAUGCCGAGGCGGGGAAUGCGGAGGCGGAGAAUGCGGAGAACGAGGGUAAGAGUGAGGAGGUGGACGAGAAUGGCGGGGGACAGAGCGAAGGGCGAGGGAAUCCGGAAAAUGGGACCGCCAGGUUACCCCCCCUCUCCUCAGGGCCAGGCGGAGAGGCCAUUGCUCGCGAGGCCGCCAGAUUCACCCCCCUGAACGGUUUCCUGCAGGGUCUGAAGGAGUGGCAGCGGCAGCAAGAGCAGGGGGGAGGGGAGGGGAGCAACAGGGGGGAAAAGGCGGAUGGAAAGGGGGAGGCCACUGGAGGGCGGUUGAGAGGUGUAUCUGGAGAGGAGGGUGUAUCUGGAGAGGAGGGUGUAUCUGCAGGGGAGGGUGUUUCAGCUACAGCCCUGUUUGCCCGUGUGGUGCAAGCAGACACACGGACCUGGCGCAAGCACCCACAUGCGUUAAACGCCACCCCUUGCCCUUUUCCCCCAUCCCCCCUCCCCCAUCCCCCCUCAUUCAUCCCCCAGUCGGCCAUAGCGCAGGCCAGCACCACCGCGCUCACCAUUCCGUGUUGUGCAAGCACCCCCAUCAUUCCCCACUCCUCCCACAACCCCCCUCCUCCUCUCCCUUCCCUUCCUCUGCAGGCCAUAGCGCAGGACAGAACCACCACGCUCAUCAUUCGAGACGCGCAGGACAGCACCACCGCGCUCAUCAUUCGAGACGGUCACUACGGCUUUGACCCGUGCCGAGGGGAGCGCUGCAACUGGCAAAAUAUGUCAACUCAAAAAGGUGAGUGUUGCAACCGGCCCAACUCGAUGAGUGCCCUCCUCUCCUCCCUACCCUCCUACCUCCUCCCUCUCCUCCCUCUCCCCCACCUCCUCCCUCUCCACCCAUGCCGAGUCGACUACAUCACGGCGAACGAGUCGGCCAUUCUCUUUCGUCCGGAGCUGAGGGGCCUGGCAGCCAACAUGUCUCAAUCCAUGAAUGCGGGGGACUAUGAUGCCGUGAGAGUGCGGAGGGGAGACAAGCUCAACACUGACAUGUGGCCGCAUGUGGCAAACGAUACGAGCCCUCCUGCCCUUUUGGAGAAGCUCCCCCGGUUCGUUGCACCGGGACGCACGCUGUACAUCGCGACGAAUGAGAAAACGCCCGGGUUCUUCGACCCGUUGAAGGUGGUCUUUGAGAUUCGGCAAUUUCGGGACUUCGACCACCUCUGGGCGCCUGGGACUCCCUGGUUUGAUGGAUACGCGCGAAUCCUGGGUCCGGAUCCCAAGCUCGACCCCUAUAUGGAGGCCAUAGUGGAGUACAAGGCCAUUGUGGAGUACAAGGUUCUGUUUGCCGCGAAAACAAAAGUUUUCACGUUCAACAACCUGACGAACGAUGCAGAGGAUGGAAUAAGGCCUUCGGCCCUGAAAAGGCAUUGA